AUAUCUUGUGGAUCAGUUUGACCACCUGGCCGAAUUCGUUGGUCCCGCCAUGGUUUGACCGAUGGCGGCCAAGGCUCGCAAUGCCCAUGAAGAAGUGAGGAGGUUGGAGGAGGAGAAUGCAGCACUUCGACAACGCUUACAGGCGGAUCCUGAUCUUGAGAACUCCACUCAAGCAGACAAGGCCCUUCAUCCUGGGCAAAGCCGCUUGCUGAUGCUGCGACGUCAGCUGCUCAAGGAGGAGGUUGCAUGCGAGAAGACCAUGCGGUACUUGACAAAGCAGCAGAAUGCCAUCAUGGCAUUCCAAAGGCACGGAAGAACUCAAGGCUUGGAGGCGCUUUUGGCUGAGACUGAAAGCUUCCUCGAGGGCCUGCCGGAUCCAGUGGAGUCUGCACAGCGAGCAGCCAAAGCCCGGCAGGCGCUGUGGCAGAUUUUGAGCAAUGUGCUUGAGGACGCCAUGAUGACGCUGAAGCGACUCCAAGGUGAACCGACAUGCGCUAGUAAAAGUCACCAUGCUCCGCCCCAACUCUAGCUCCACUGUGGAAGCAGCCAGGAACUGGCCAUUGCAACCCUGACUCUGGUGCCGGAGUUGGCACCGAAGUAUACGGAGGAAUCCACCCCGAUUCUUCCUGGCGUUGAGCAGCUCACUGAACUGCAGGACUUGGAGUCCCGGAUCAGUCGGAAUACACGGCAAGCAGUCCGGGCACUUCGACUGCAGAUGAAAUUGCAGGCGGCUGCUUGCAGGCUCGAGCUCUUUGGCUCCUGGGCAGGCAGCCAAGGCCAAAGAUGUCCAUGCCUGGAAAACAAGAGCGGUUGCUACCUUUCUCAGACAGGGCGGAUGCUUUGUGCAUGUUUGAUCUAUACAACUACCUCGAGUCUGAGU